AUGUCAUUGCUUGUGUCUGAAAACAUAAUUGUUCACCACCCCGACUGGGUAUCGAUGGAUAUCGACAAAUUGGGGCGCUCUUUAUACAACUCAGAGGACCAUCCGUUAAGCGACCAUAUCCGCAGUCUAAAGGCCAAAGCAGUGAAAGAAGCAUUUAAAUCCCUGCUCGACGUAUUUCUCGAGUUUCUGAGAUCCACGGACGGCCUCAUCUCUAAUGACCUUAGAGUCAAGAUAUGGCCUUUAUUGCUUGGAAUCGACUUGGAUUCAGAUCAAAAUCCAGAAAUCGAUCUCAGCUCGUCAAGUAUCAGUUCUUCUCAAUCGUCAUUAACGAGAAGUUCAACCAAACUAAAUACUACGGCAGUCUCAUUAUUUCUAGACGAAUUGCAAUGUAAUGAUUUGCCACCUCACAAAGACGAGGAUCAGGUCAAGCUCGAUAUUCAGCGUUCGUUUACUAUUUUGAACCAUAUCCAAGCCAUGCUGCACCAGUCUGCCGAUUCGUAUACCACCAUAUUCUCAAAAGCGGAUAUCGACGAGCUCAAGAAGCGGUUGUUGAACUUGAUCAUCAAGAUUUUACGCAAAUAUCCAUGUCUAAACUACUACCAGGGCUACCACGAUAUUGCCAGCAUAGUUCUUCUAGUCUGCAACGAACCCCAGUCUGCGAAUCUCAAUGCGGAUCUGGACUCUCACUUCAACUACUCAAUUAAUGAGGAAGCAGCAUUCAAAAUCUUGGAAACUUUAACUGUGUUCCAUUUACGUGAUUACAUGACUACUGACAUCAACCUUUCUGUAAAUCAUCUCCGGCUCAUACCUGCUCUUUUAGAGUGUGCUGAUAGCUCCAUUUUUGAGUUGAUCAAGCAGACUAGUAACUCUUACAUCCAGUCUGAUGGCUUGUACUAUGACUACAGCUUCUACCAGGCAUUGUCAUCGCUUUUGACGUUCUACUCGCACGACUUGUCCAACAUCCAGCAAAUACUUACUCUCUGGGACUUCAGCUUGAGCUACAACUCAGUGUUGAUAAAUGUAUAUAUAUAUGUGGCAGCAUUGAUUUUCUUCAAAGAGGAUAUCUUUGCCAAGUUGAACAUCGCAGUUGACGAAGAGAAGGACUUUUCGGCUGUUGACCAAGAUGUGGUACACACGUUACUUUCUCCAGCCAACUUAUUAGAGGGGUUAACAGAUAACGACCUUAUCAAGAUAUUGAAUAUAACCAAGAAGUUGGUGGAUGACUAUUCGUUCCACAGCUUGACGAAUGCUACUACGACGUUUGAUGUUUGGUUCAAACACUACAACAAGAACUCGGUGUUGAUGAACACUUCUGCCUUCGACUUCAAUUCUGUAUACAAACACAACCACUACCUGUACUUAUUAGUUAACGAGAAGCCUUUAGAAACUGUUGACAAAACGAACAACUCGCUCAAUGACCUCAUGCAACUUCAAGAUGAAGAGAUGUCCAAUCAGACGAUUCACGACUUGGCUGUACGACAGAAGAUCACAGACCAGCAGGAAGAACUAGCCAACUCAAUGUGUGCUUCUGUUACAGAUAUUGAAUCGAGCAACCCUCACCUGUUGUCAUCUUCCUUAACCUUAGGGUCCUCGGCUUCUUCUAUCAACACCAAGAUCGUUCAUACUUCUUCGAUGCUCUUUAAGAAGAUAUUCAGAAGCGAGUCUCAUGACGACGAAGUGAAAGAGAACAAGAAGUUGAUCAAUAGAAACAAGGACCACCACAUCUGGUUCAACAACAUCUACAAGAUCAGCUUCACUAUAGGCUUUGUAGGGUUCAUGAUCCACUUCCUAUUGAUGCGCAACCAUUCAUAUACGAACGGGUAUAUGAAGUUGUUCUCUCUACCUUCACCAAUCAACAAUAUAGGCUCCACUAUUAUCCAGAACGAGCCUAUCAGCAUGAUAGCUACUGAAAUCACACAUAUAAGCUCCGAGUUGAUCAACGAUGUAGGUGAAGCGUUUGGAAAGGUAUGCUACUUCGUUAAGGAGUCGGAUAUUGUCACUUCCAGUAUCAACAUCGGUCAAGUGGGACUAGGGAGUCUACGGAAUACAAUCUUUGGUUUCAUUUCUUAG